GGAUAGGAAAACAAAUGAUGCGGCCAGUCACCUCUCUUCAGUCGCAAAGCUGUUCAGGAGACUCAAUAAUGUUUCUGCUGUUAUCGAUAUAAGUUAAUUCAAAAGUUUUGUGUUAUUUAUUAAAAGAUAAUAAUGGUGGAAGAAGAGUUGAAAGUUCCCGAUGAGCUUUUUAAGGACGUGAAGUUUUAUGUCGUCGGGGAUAUUGACCAAAAGGUGGUGCAGCUGCUGAAGUCAGGAAAAGGAAAGGAAGUGUCCUACAUCGCCCUCGCCACGCACAUCAUCACAGAGGAUGGAGAUAACGCAGAGGUCAGCGAGGCACGCGAGGUCUUCUUCUUACCUGUAGUAAAGCCCACGUGGGUGAUCCUGUCAGUCAGAUGUGGAGACCUGCUGCCUGUCACAGGCUUUUCUCCUGAGUCGGGUCAGUUGUUCUUUGGCGUGCGGGCGUGUUUAUCUAAUCUAAAGGAGGAUCUCAGCACCCUGUGGGCUUUUAUUACGUUUUAUGGAGGAGAUUGUCAACUGAAUUUCAACAAGAAGUGUACACAUCUGGUGGUUCCUGAACCCAAGGGGGCGAAAUACGAGUGCGCACUGAGGUACAGUGGGAUUAAAAUCGUCACCCCGGAGUGGAUCACCGACUCAGUUAAAGACAAGAGCAGGAAGGAUGAGGCGGUUUACCACCCGAGGCUCACCUACUGCGAGGAAGAGGAAGAUGAGGUCAGCGAGGACGAAAACGAGCGCAGUUCGCGCUCCGAAGGAAGCAAGCGCUCUAGCCCCGCCUCGUCGCGAGGGCCGUCACCUUCCAGGUGUCACCGCUCACCCUCUCGGCCUAAAGCCGAGGUCAUGUUCGACGACUCGGACGAAUCGGACAAAGAGGAGCUCAACCUGAACUGGACGCUGUCUAAGCACCGCCUCCAGCCAAGCAAGGACACAGCACUCAUUAACCUGUGUGACAGCGUUCCUCCUGUGCCAGGUAAUGCCCAGGGAACAGAUCGUCCAGAGAUGAUUGGUGGGUGGAAUUCAGGGCCGCGCUCGUUAAGGAAUAUCAAUAAGAGCGGAGAGCAGCAGCAGCAGCAGCAGCAGCAGCAGCAGCUCCCACGACCGGCCAAUGUCGCACAUAUUCUUCAGAGUCUGACUUCUAAAAGCGUGGAACCGCAGGGGAAUCAGACCCAACCUGGCGCCCCGAAUCAGCUUCUCUUCAACUCCACGAAACCUCCACAGCACACAGCACCACAACUUGCUCCUGAAGUGCAGCAGCAGUUACUCCAACACCAGCAACAGCUGCAGCAGCAGCAGCAACAACUACAACAACCGCAGCAGCAGCAAGCACACCCAAUCCCACCACCGCAACAACAGCAGCCACAACAUGCGCAGCAGAUGCUCCAGCAGCAUCCUUUGAUGCACCUGCAGCAGCAGGGCAUGCAAAUACAUCAUCCGCAGCAACAGCAACAACAGCAGCAGCAACAGCAGCAGCAGGCAGGGUUUGCACAAAUCCCCCAACAGCCGCAUCAGUUCCUCCCGCAACAGAUACACCAGCAGAUGUACUCUCAGCAGCAGCAUCAGCAACAGCAGCACAGCUUCCUGCAGCAGCCCCUGCGACCACCGCAGCAGCAACAGCAGCAUCUCCGACCUCCCUUGCAGCAACAACAUCUAUUACAGCAGCAGUUGCUGCAACAAAGGCUCCAGCUGCAACUACAACAACAACAGCAGCAACAACAGCAACCGCAAAAUCAGCAGCAGAUGCACCAGCAGCAUUUGCAACAACAGCAGCAGCAGCAGCAGCAGCAUUUCCUGCAACAGCAGCAACAGCACCUGCAGCAGCAGCAGCAGCAGCAGCAACAACACUUGCAGCAGCAGCAACAAAUGCAGAAUACACAAGCUCUGCAGCAUCAGACGCAGACACCACUGCAGCUUGUGCAGCCGCAUCAACUGCUGGGCCAUGAACCAGGACAGGAGAUUCCUGAAGAUAGCUUCCUGGUGGGAUGCGUCUUCGCCAUCGCUGAUUAUCCAGAGCAGAUGGCCGAUAAGCAGCUACUGGCCACGUGGAAGCGGAUCAUUCAGGCAUACGGAGGCUCUGUAGACUCUGCUCUGAAUCGCUGCACUCACUUACUGUGUGAAAGUCAAGUCAGCAGCAUGUACCUGCAGGCUUUGAGAGAAGGAAAGCGCUGUGUUACGGCUCACUGGCUCAACACGGUGCUGAAGAAGAAGAGGAUGGUUCCUCCUCACCGCACACUCCAUCUGCCUUUCAGUUUCCCUCCUGGAGCCAAACCCUGCUCACAACACAUUAUUUCCGUCACUGGGUUUGUGGACAGCGAUCGAGAGGACUUGAAACUCAUGGCCUACUUAGCUGGAGCUCGCUAUACAGGAUACCUGUGUCGCAGCAACACUGUUCUCAUCUGCAAAGAGCCAAGUGGGCUAAAGUACGAGAAGGCGAAGGAGUGGAGAAUCCCGUGUGUAAAUGCUCAGUGGCUGUGUGACAUCCUGCUGGGAUAUUUCGAGGCCUUACGGCAGAUCCAACACAGCCGAUACACUCAGUUCAACUUAGCUGAACCUCUUGCUCCUAACACACACCAUGUCCAGAAUCUGCUGGCUGCUUGGAGAAAUCCUGUAAAAGUCCCACCGGAGGCGUUGGUGAGCCUCCGUCUGCAGCAGAAACAGAAACAGGCCGAGGGAACCUCACAGCCUCCUGCCAAGAAGCCUAAAAUAGAGGAACUGCCCACGCCGUCUAAAAAGCUUCCUCCGGAGUCGACCCCAUAUGUUUUCUUCACUGGUUUCGAACCUGUGCAGACCCAGCAGUAUAUAAAGAGACUGUACGAGCUCGGCGGUGAAGUGGCGGAGAGUGUGCAAAAGUGCACUCAUCUGGUGGCCAGCAAAGUGAUUCGCACGGUCAAGUUCCUGACGGCCAUCUCCGUCGUUAAGCACAUUGUCACUCCGGAGUGGCUUCAGGAGAGCUGGAAAUGCCAGAAAUUUGUGGAUGAACAGAGUUAUAUGCUGCGGGACGCCGAGGCUGAGGUGCUCUUCUCUUUUAGUCUGGAGGAGUCACUGAAGAAAGCUCAUGCUGCUCCACUCUUCAAGGGUAAAUUCUUCUACAUAACGCCGGGAAUCUGUCCGAGUCUCAGCACCAUGAGAGCCAUCGUGGAGAGCGCCGGAGGGAAACUGCUAUCCAGACAGCCGUCCUUCCGUAAGAUCAUGGAGCACAAGCAGAACAAGAACCUACCGGAGAUCAUCCUCAUCUCAUGCGACAAUGACCUGCAUCUGUGCCGAGAAUAUUUUCUGAAGAACAUCGAAGUUCACAAUGCUGAGUUCAUCCUCACAGGAGUACUGACCCAGACGCUGGACUAUCAAUCGUAUAAAUUCACAUGAUGGGAGGAAGAUCCUCGGGAAGAGAACACUAAACUCUCUGUGUUGGUCGACGCUGAAGGUUCCUUUUUUAUAAAUAUAAAUAUAUAUAUAUAAAAGAAAGACAAUACAAUUUGUUCCUUUGUUAUUUUUUUUGUGUGUUUUUUGUACCAGUUGAAAAGUCUUUUUUUUUUGUAGAAAUUACUGGUGGAAAAAAAAGUUAUUUUUUAUGAUUGUUUUAAAUUAUGGCAAAAUUUCCCUGAUUUGUUUUUGUCUGGAUUUUUGGAAUAAAAGUCUCGUUAUUGUGACCAAACCAAACUCGUUUUAUAUAAAUUACUGUGCAGGAGAAAUAAGAAAAACAAGCAAUAAAAAUCUAUCGUUGUAUUUAAAAUAUUCUUCUACACCUUUGAUAGCUUUUAACUUUCUUUUUGUAAUUCCAAAUGUAUUUUAUAGAAAAACAGUAUUUAAAAAAAAAAAAAAAAGGCAGGGAUUUCUCCACGGUCCAAUCAGCCGCCCCAAAUUUUCUGUUAUUUAGAAUUAUUUCUUUAUUUCUUUAUUUCUUUUAUUAUUUGCCAUUUAAUUAAAUUGUAUGCAGUCUUUUUAUGCCAUUUUCUGUAACUGCUGUCUGGUGAUCAUACGUUACGGUAUUCCUUUCUCUGAGAAGGAUUGCUCCAAACUCAGGAAGGCAGAAGGAGGAAUAAAAAGGUACUUUUGUUUUUAAAGAACAAUUUCCAAACUUUAGUACAUUAUUGUAAUGGUUUAUAAUGU